AUGCGCGCAAUCCAGGUUAAAGAAUAUGUAAAGGGUCCGCUCGACCUGACGGUGUCGAACCUGCCUACCCCUUCCCCAAGCGCGGAUAAGUACCUAAUCAGAAUACAUGCGGCAGGAACCAAUUUCUUCGACCUGCUUCAGAUACAAGGCAAAUAUCAACAUCAGCCACCGCUUCCAUGGGUUUCCGGUACGGAAUUUGCUGGAGUUAUUCUUAGCACUCCCACCGCUAGCAAAAACCCUCGGUUUGCCGUUGGGGACCGAGUGUUUGGUGCCACCCAAGGUGCAUAUGCCACCCAUAUCCUCGCUGCCGAAGCAUCGCUAUUCCCGCUACCAGAAGGCUGGAGCUUUGAAGAUGCUGCAGGACUAUUUGUUACUGCUCCAACCUCAUACGGCGGGCUUGUCCACAGAGGAAACGUGCAGAAGGGAGAUUGGGUCCUUGUCCAUGCCGCAGCCGGCGGUGUAGGCCUCGCAGCGGUCCAAAUUGCCAAGGCUAAAGGUGCUACGGUAAUUGCUACGGCAGGCACUGAACGAAAGAGACAAGUGGCACAAGACUUUGGAGCCGAUUAUACGAUUGACUACAGGAACCCAAAAUGGCCUGAGGUAGUGAAGAAGCUAUGUGCCGAGAACAGGAGCGGAAACGGCAAGGCGGGAGUGGACAUUGUGUAUGAUCCAGUCGGUAUGAUCGAGCAGAGCCUGAAGUGCGUUGCAUGGAAUGCUCGACUCCUUGUUAUUGGGUUUGCGGCGGGGAAAAUUGAGAAGGUCGCUCUCAAUAGAGUAUUAUUGAAAAAUGUCAGUAUUGUGGGCCUGCACUGGGGACAAUAUGCCACCUUUGAGAAAGAAACGAUGGUAUCUGUCUGGAACGGUAUAUUCGACCUAAUCAAGGAGGGAAAAUUCAAGGGCACUAGCUUCACCGAUGAGAAGUUUGUUGGCUUAGAGUCUGUUCCCCAGGCUCUGCGGGCACUUGGGGGGCGAGAGACUUGGGGUAAGGUCGUCGUGCAGAUUCCCGAAGGCGAGGAUGCAGGUCCAUCUAGUAAACUUUGA